AUGGAUGGCCCUGACUUCAUCUGCAUCAUCAUGAACAUCAGCAUGAGAAAUAUGACUGCGUGCUUCGACUUGUUUUCUCUUCUACCCGAAGCUGAAAACACACACCCAUCCUUGAGCCUUUAUCUUUCGAUAUCUAAUGAGAACAUUUAUCCUGAGGGAAUGAAUAAAUUUCAAAGAGACAACUGGAGGAAGUACUCCCUUAAGUUUACAGUAAAGGAUGGUGAGCUUUGCACCACUCCAAACAAUAAAGGUGUCUGCUGGCGGGAUUUUGUAAAUGAGCUCAAUGAUUCUCUGUGCUCUCUGCUGGGCAUUGAGAGAAGCGUCACCGCUGCGUACCACCCACAGACUAAUGGGUUGGACGAAAAGACCAACCACAACAUCAAGAGAGCUUUGAUGAAGUCAAAGGUGCACAUCUCAACCAAACACACCCCAUUCCAGUUGAUGUAUGGGCGGGAGGCUGUGUUCCCCUCAGAGGUGCCUGUAGAUUAUCCUCAGGUGGGGGACCAUGACUGUCACCCCCUGCAGGACACUCUGCUCUGGAGAGCAGCUUCAAUUCACCAGGACACUGCCAAAUGUGACAGCUACACACCAAUGGAACUUGAGAGUGAGAAGGCGCUUGACAUACAAACAGAACAGAGCAAUGAGGGUAUGCCCCAUUGGGCAGUCUUUAUUCAAAGUUCCAACCCAAAGUACAACAAAGGAAAGCAAACAGCAAAGCCAACACUUGAGGCUGACCAGGACAGAAAGCCAACGCACUGGCCUUCAGGAUCUGUGAACUCUUCGCGUAUCCUGAGCACAUCACAUGCAGGAAUGACCUGGCUCCCAGUCGUCCCGAGCACCAGCUAA